ACAAUCCAUUAAAUGAAUUUAUACGAUCUCCAACUACAAUCUAGCUUAUUCAAAGCACAAUCUGAUACCACCAAAAUCUGAAGAUAAAAUCUUUAAAAAUUUACUCUGAUAUCAUAAAAUCUCCAAAUACACUCUAACUCUUAAGAUCACGAUCUACAUCUCAAAUCUAUAUUCACUUUACAAGAUGGCUAGCCUUCUAACUCGUCACUCCCCUUGGUUUUCCCCGUCCUCGGUUUCGCUUCCUGACAUGGUGGACAAGGAAAACUAUGAGAUAACUCACAAAACAUUCAAUGACAACCCGUCAAUGCAGAAGAAAACUCAGUUCAGUAGUCUCAUCUAUAAGUCAUGGCCAGUGUUUAACAAACUCCCACUGGCAGGCAUCAGUAAUGGUACAGUGUUUAACACACUCCCACUGGCAGGCGUCAGUAAUAGUACCAGUGUUUAACACACUCCCACUGGCAGGCGUCAGUAAUAACCAAUGUUUAACCCCAUUGGUAGGGUUUCAGAAGUACCAGUGUUUAACAAACUCCCACUGGUAGGCAUCAGUAAUAGUACUAGUGUUUAACACACUCCCACUGGCAGGCGUCAGUAAUAGUACCAAUGUUUUAUCCCAUUGGCAGGACGAACCGGUUCUACAGAAAUACAUGUCAACAUGUGCU